UAAAUCGCAAUUGGUGGUUGGUUAAAAUGGUAAUGAGAAUUAUCAUCCACACCUGAGGCCUCAAAUUUUUCAAAAUUUUUUUAAUUCCCGGCAAAACCAACUUUAGUUGAAGCUUCCCUUCAAACUAAAUAUACGCUUGUGUAAGGGUUUUAGAAGUUUUGCGGAAAAUGGUGGAAGGAAUGGAUGCCACUGUUGUAACAGUCAGUGGAUACUGUGGGAGUGAGCGGAUGAUGCUGAUAAAGUUGAUAUCUGUCGCCGGUGCGAAUUAUGUUGGAAAAUUGUCAAGAUCUACAACGCAUUUGAUCUGUUGGAAAUUUAAAGGGAAAAAACAUGAAUAUGCCAAAAAGUUUGGAACUCUAAUUAUCAAUCAUCAGUGGCUUGAAGACUGCAUGAAGGAAGGGAAGCGUAUUCCAGAGUCUCCCUACACACUACGAAGUGGGCAAGAAGUAGGUUUCAAUAUCCACAGCCUUCCAGCUGUCACGAAAACUGCAGGCUUGCUGUCUGAGAAUAAGCUGCUUUUGAACAGCCCUAGCAUACAUGAUCGUCUCAAUGAUGUAAUAGAUCUGGAGUCUGAUGAAAUUGAAAAUGAUGAUUGGGACCACAAUUUGUUGCUAGACGAGAAUUUGUUUCCCGUACCAGGAAGCAGAAUAUCUGCUCGGCAACUAUCUAAGAGGAAAUUGGUCAAGGAAACUUUUAGAGAAGGCAGACGAGUAAAGGCGGAUACCAAGAGGGCUAUUCUUGAGCCCGAGAUUCCUACAGUUGAUGGACUUCAGUGUGAAGCAUCAGAUAACUCAAUUGAAUGCUCAAUCAAGCAGAGAAGAAGUGAUAAUGACUUAAGUAUCUUGCCAGAUUUUGCUGAAUCUUCUCGUAGAAGUCGUCGACUUGUGAAAAAGAAUGCUAAAAGAUAUGAUACUGAGAUAGCUAGUACUGAUGCUGAACAACAAAGCAGAACACUUUUAGGUGUCAAUGAGCUCCCUGUUGCUUCAAGCCUAUCCAAUGACUUGAGCAGGGAAAUUGAAGCAAGCAUUCGCAGAAGGCUUGAGACUAUGCCUGCUGUAAAAGGCAAAAACAGAGAUGAAGUCAACAAUAUGAAUGAUACAGGUCCCCUUUUAGACACAAGCUUACACAGUCAUGAUGCAUCAAAUGCUAAGGGGAUAAACAUAGAAGAGAACAUUCCUCGUGUUCAAAAUUUAAAUAGGGAUAAGCUCGGAAGAGAUCAGUCAACAAUUGGCGCAUCAGCAGAGCUAUCAUGUGUUAUAUGCUGGACAGAGUAUAGUUCAUUAAGAGGAGUUUUGUCAUGUGGACAUCGCUUCUGUUUCUCAUGCAUCCAGAAUUGGGCUGAUCACAUGUCUUUAAACAGGAAGGAAGCCACAUGCCCUCUAUGCAAGGCCAGUUUUACCAACAUUACAAGAGUAAAUGCUGGAGCCUCUGUGGAUCAGAAAAUUUACUCGCAGACCAUACCAUGUGCGUCAUCAUCACAAGACAUAUUCUUUGUUUCUGAGGGUGUGGCAUCUCAUUCUGGCGCCCAGGUCAUACUCCCCUCAGUUUGUUGUCGUUGCCAGCAGCGAGAUCCUGAAGAUCUUCUUAUGUACUGUCAGAUGUGCCAGAGUAGCUGCAUACAUCAUUACUGCCUUGACCCUCCAUUGUUUCCUUGGACUUGCAUUGGCUGCAGAGAUCGUCGAUUGCCAUUCUUCAGCUGAACGCCUGAACUCAAUCUAUUUCUGCUUAUUUUGUUUAAUUCACCCUGUCUGUAUGUUCUGGUAGUCUGCAAUGAAUAUAAAUUUGUGGGAGUUAAAUCAUUGUAAUGUAGAGUUUCAAGCCUCAUAUAAACUGGUUUGUCAGUCAUAAUAAGCUGAUUUGACCUUCUAAUUGUAUGGCAAUUAAGUUAUACA